GGGAGAAAGUGUGGGAGAAAACGGAAGACUGAACUAGGGGAGAAACACAAGGGGGAAAAAACCAUAACAGGCUGCUCAGACCCGGCUUACACAUUCAACAUUGCUCAGACCUGCUCAAGCCUGCUCAAGCCACCACGAUUCGCAUACAAUAUCUAUGGACUUUUCUGAAGAGCCCAGACCUUCUACACCUGUUGUUGACGGACCGAUGGGAGACCCCGAGCCGAUCCCUCUGCGACACAUUUCCUAGUGCUCAUCACACAAGUUGCUCCAUCACCAACUUUCGCGAGCGAUCGACACAAUGUCAAACCCUUACAUCACACAAUGGAGCGUCACCCUCCGCGAGCCAGAGGGUGAGCCAGUCUUUCAAUGCCACCUCCGUCUAGGCAAUCUCGCUGUCGAGUUCGAGUCCUCGCUUGAAAGGUCCGGCAUGAUAUCCCUUGCUUGGCUCCAUUACAAAAAUCUUUUCCUCGAAUUGCAUAGUGCAAGAGGAAAGGUCCGUACGGACGGACAGGAGAAGGAUGCGAACCUGAUCCUCGACAGAAUCAACCUGAUCCUCGACAGCAUCAUCAAUGUGUUAAUCAUACCGAACAUCCGGGACAGAAUCGCACCAGCCAAGCCACAGUCGCGCCUCUUGAGAGACUGGCUCUAUCCAGAGCAAGCCAAACUGUUGGCAAGCUUCCAUGAUGACGCCAUCCGAGUCUGCCCGGUCGAGGGACCUUAUCCUCCACCGGGAAUCUCCCUCGAUGCCUUAUCGCCUUUUGAAGAAAAGCUCAACAAGUUGCAACUUCCGUACUUGUCAUCUUCACAAGUUUCAUUCCCACCGCCCUCUAACUCUGGUCGUGACCCUCUUUACCACGGCCCACGGGACCUCCUCACAAAGGAUGGACAGCUUAUGUUCUGCAUGGGGAUUCGUCUGCCUGUUGGCCAGGCAUGGGAGACCAAUGUCGCGGAACUCGGCGUGCUCUGUCUUAUCGAACAGGCGAUUCGAGAUGGAAAGCUACAGCCAGAUGCAAGGGUCCCGCGACUUCGUGGGCUCUUGAUCGACGAGCCAGCAGACAAUCCCGAAAUCUCUCAGGUCGAGGUUGGCCAGCGCCGUCUGCUGGGGGUCCUGGUUGAUCCCAUCGGACCUAAGCGACAAGAAGGGGGGAGCAUGCUCAAAGACAUGGCCGACCCAUACCUCCGACAGCACGGUGAGAGUUUCAAGGGAAGUAUUCGAACCACGUUGAAGGGGUUGCACCGCGCGAGGAUCACGUGGCUUGGCGCACACCAGGGCAACGUGCUAGUCACUGAGGACGAUAAUGUAAUGCUCACAGGUUUUGGGCGUCGUGACGACGAUAUUUGGGCAAACGCUGCGUUCGAUGUCCGCUGGGCAAAGGAUUGCAACGACAUGGAGGAUAUCGACAAAUGGUUGAACGUGAGAACGUCGGCGAAGUAGCAGGUGCCUGGCGGCAAGUGAGGACUGGCUCCCCUUCAACGGCCGCAUCAUCAGUUUAUCAAUAGCUCUCUUUUCUCUUCAUCAAACACGCUCGCUCUUUUCAACUGC